UUCCCUCGGCAGGAGCGCAGACGUGCGCGGAGCCCGUUAGUGGCAAAGAAAAGCCUGACGGAAACACAAAGAGCUCUCCCGACAACAAAUCCCUCGGGAGCUCAAAGACGGAUUAUAAAGCGCAUACACCGGCUGUAAAGGAUCCUGGAGCAACUUUGCCACUGUCUGUCCAGGUUUUUUUCUCUCUCUCUCUCUCCUUCAGUCAGCACCUGGCUGCCUCUUUAACAUCUUCAGGCUUUCAGCAUGAAAGAGGAUCCGCACACGGUCAGUAAACGAUAAUUGGAAUUUGCCUGGAUUUGCUUCUCCCUGAGGGUGAGCUAAUUAUUUUUUAAAAACAGCUAUUCCACUUAGCCUCGUAUCCACUAAGGAGUAGAAUAUGUCAAUUCUAAGAUAUGGCUCUGGUGGGAUUUUUUUUUUUUUCAAGUUUCUGUAAUGCCACAUUUGACUUCUGCCUCCUUUUUGAAUGGCAAUAAUAUGAGGAUGGUGGUGACUGAAAACUCUGCAUAAAUCAGAGAACCCUGCCUGUAAAAGCUGAUAUAUAUGUAGAGAGUGACAUCCUCCUUCUUACACUUACUCAAUGAAUAAUUCAUAUUAAAGCUAUACUGAGAUAAUUUUUCUUUAGCAGGUCUGCAUUUACACUUUGCUCCUUGUUUGUGUUUCCACGACUUAACUGGCAGCAGCUCUGAACCAAACACACCAUGAGGAGACGUUAAAAGCUUUUCAGUGUUUUUCCAUCCAGGAAUGUCUUAUUUGCUGUUGUUUGGUCGGCUACAGAGCUGUUAACACAGCUGCAGGUUGAAACAGCCUCAGAUAUCUUAGUUUCUCUAAGCAGAUCCGAUUGCAUCCCUGUGAUGGACUAAAAGGUGUGAGGUGGAGGAGAGAGUGAAGAGGAGGAGGAGGAGGUGAGUGGGGGGUCUGUAUGAGGUUUACCUUCCUUGAAGGUGAGAAAGUCUAAUCCAGGUGCUGGAUUAUCAGGUUCAGACAGCCACUCCCUGGAGGGAUGAAUGUACAUAUGUUACAUAAGGACUGCACUGGGACCAGUGCUGAACAGCAUCACGACUCCAGCUGAUUCAUAAGAUGUGGCGUAAGAUGUUGGGCUGUUUUUUGCUAUUGUCAAUAGACAUUUUUACCCACACAGAACACAAUGACUUACAGAGCACAAGACUGAAACAUAGGACCUGAUGUGAUGUCUUUGUUAAGGAUUUCACACCUUUUUCGUCUCUGAUUUUUGGUGUUUUGCUUUUUCUAACAAGCCUGUGAAUGGAUUUUAAUGAGGAGCAAGGGAAACCUUUACAGUGAGCCUUACAUUCGAGAGAUUGUCAUACCCCUCUCCUGCCCCUCUUGUGGUGUGAUUGUUCCCACCGGGAAGCAGCAUGGAUCUGUCCCAGGACCAGCCGUUGGACUGGAGCUCAGUCGAGCCCAGCUUCUCUCCACUGCUGCAGUAUGACGGCUCUCAGGAAAGACUCAACCACACCUACAGCUUCCACAGCUCUCUGAUGCUGCCGUCCACCUUAAGCUCCACAACUGCCUCCCUUAAUCAACCUCUGCCAUCUCUGCUUCCCUCUUCCCUCGUUCCAUACUCCUCCCUCAUUCCCUCCCCUCUUCUCUCCACCACCUCCUCCUUAUCCUUUCGACAAACGACCAAUUUUGUCUACCAACCCUCCUCCUCCUCCUUUCCUUUGUCCCUGCCCACCUUCCCCUCUAAUGACUUGGCAGAUCUGGAGAGCAUGUUGCUCUGGACCGUCCAUGAGCCCAGCACCAUCGCUCUGACCAUCAUGUACUGCCUCUCCUUCAUUUUGGGAUUCAUUGGGAAUUUAAUGUCCCUGCGUGUCCUUACCAACAGGCACAGCCGGCGUCUGGCCAGUGUCAGCGCAACACGCAGUCUGCUGGUGAACCUGGCGGUGUGUGACCUGGCCGUGGUGUGCGUCUGCAUGCCCAUCACUCUGGGAAGCCAGAUCUACACGGCCUGGGUUUACGGUGACCUCCUCUGUCGAGCCGUGCCCUUCACUCAGGCCGUUUCAGUCUCAGCCAGUGUGUUAACGCUGACGGUGAUCAGUGUGAAUCGUUACUACAGCGUUAAAUCGCCUCUGCAAGCGCGCUCCAUGUUUACCCGCCGCCGAAUCUUGGCAACUGUCGCCGUGGUGUGGACGGUUUCCUCGAUCAUGUGCGCUCCUAUUGCGGUGAUGAACCGGCGGCGGGAGAUCAGCUUUGGGACAUUCGCCAUCUUGGUCUGUCAGGAGGAGUGGCCUCAGCAUCGCCUCAAACAAGGAUACAAUGUGCUGCUGUUCGUCAUGCUCUACUGCCUGCCAGUGACCUUUAACCUCACCAUAGGCUUCCUGACAGGCAGGCGGCUUUGGGGAGGGAAAAAAUCCACUUUUGCUGAUCUGGAUCCUCGCAGCCAAGCUCUGCACACCUCACGCCUCAAAACUCGUCAGAAGAUCGCCAAGAUGGUGGUGUGUCUGGUGCUGCUGUUCGCGGUGUCCUGGCUGCCGCUGUACUUGGUUGACCUUUGGAUAGACUGCGAGCAGAGGCCACCGUCUUGGCUGCUGCAGACGCGGCCGUUUGCCCAGUGGCUGGGCCUGACGAACUCCAGCCUUAACCCCAUCUGUUACUGCUUCAUUGGGGAUCUGUACCGCUCGGCAAAGGUGAUACGGACGCGAUACUACCAGAAAGUCGCGGCCCUCUUCAGCCCCUCCUCCUUCUCCAGCUCAGCUGCUGUGGCAUCUCCUGCCGCAGUGAUUGCAGACAACAAAGUGACUGAUGCUGAGCGCCACCGUAUUGCUGCCGGUGCUUUGGCAGCGUCUGCGUCCAUGGUUACAAUCCCCAGGCUGCUGAGCCUGGCUUGUGGCCAGGGACUGGGGACGAAGGUCAGAGACAGUUCAGACAGCCGAGCAGGAUCCGACCACAGCAUCUCAGACUGGUGUCGGUCCAGUCCCAGUGUGUGUGACAGCUCUUUGCUCGCCCGCCAGCUCCACACACUCCAGCACUCCGCAGACGUCCUACCUACAAGGAGACACUCUGUGAAUGAGAACACUGGAUCAUUACCUUUAAGAAUUGAGUCUGUGGAAAUAGAUGUGCUGCCUUUGAGGAGGCACUCAGGGGACAGAAUAUAUGGUGUGUCAGCUGAUAAGAGAGACAUUACCAUGGGUAGAAACGUUCUCUGUUCCACUAGGCAGCACAGAAGCAAAACAUCAGGAACCUACUCUCUGGUAGGAGACAGGGAGGAUCAAACAACCGAUAUGACCAGUUUGUGAAAGCUGCAGAUUAUCUGAUGUAUCAGCAGGGAGGAAUUUUUUUGUUUUUGUCCUACAGGCAGCAAAAACACACACAGCUCCAGAUGCACAGUUUACAGUUGACAGUGUGGGUUAAUCCCUCGCAGAAAGCCAUUGUUUGUCUUGAGGAUAAACUGACCCGGUCUACACGCUGAUUUCUGCGUGUAGUAGAGUCUCUGUAGGAUCUAAAGCACAGCGGAUCUGGGACCAAUAUUUGCACCAAUGAGUUCAGGUUUUUUGGAAGGAAGGUGGAGGGGAGCAGUGAUGGAGUGAACCCUGCAGGGGGAGAGUUAUGAAGAGCAGCGUUAUUUAGCUCUGGGCUCAAAAGCCAGUUAUUAUCAAGAAAGAUGGAUGCGGCAGUGUGCGCUGUUACAUGCAAGUCAUAUCAUAAGCUAUACAGCUGCUAGUCACAGUUGUGUCUUACAUCUGCUUAAGACAGUAUCCCGGCAGGACGCACAGUGUGACAGGGGUUUUUUUUUUGUUGAGAUUCUUUUCUUCGUUGCUCAUUGCUUUGCUAAUGGUUUCGAUUGUAUUUGUUGCUAACAGGAAGGUUAAAGCCUUGUUACAGUUCAGUGAGUGUUUCUGAUGGAUCUUCACAGGUUAAUGUCAUGAUCGGUGUCUGCAGUCUGUGAAGGCAGAUAUGCAGUACCGGUUGCUCGCGUGUGCAAUCAUACAGAUGAUUCGCGGGGAAUAUGAGAUAUGACCGUAUGUGAAGCAGAAAAUGAAAAAUUCAGAACACGGUGAACAGUUUUGAUUUGCACAUAAUAACUGUGAUAUUGCUCUUGCAACUUUUCACGUUCAUGUUGUUUUUGAAAAGCUAAGACCAGGGACUGAACUAAUUCUAAGACAAGCAGGGUUACUUAAUUUAGAGGCAAUUUAAAGAGCCACUUCACCCAAAAAAAAAAAAAAAAAAAAAAAAGCUUAAGUGGUUUCUAACAGGGGGAUAAUUUUGGUUCAAUUUGCUCUGGUAUAAAGAUUUCUGUCUCUGACUUUUCGGAGGCGUCCUGCAGUAUGUAAUUUUGGUGACUGUUUUGUCACGGGAUGUAAUAAUUAAAUUUAAGAUGAAACAACAACAGGUUGACAGAAUUGCCAUUUAAUUUUCACCUCAUUUCACCUGAGUCUGACACUGUGUUCCUGUAAGCUGUUUUCUAUUUGGUAGUGUGGCUGGUGGUAGAGGGUAUUUUGUCCAUGCACGCAUUCGCUUCCACACAAGACAUCUACAAAGCUAAUUGUUUUUAGAAAAAAGACUGAAUCCUGCAUUGUUUAAAUCCAUGGUUACUUGCUUGUAUUCUACUUCUCCACAUUUUCCCUGGCCCAUUGCUGCCUUUGUUUCAGUGCGUUACUGUCACCUAGACCAGUGGAAUCAUGUGAAACCACUGACAGGAGCAAACAAAGUGGGGGCACACUUCUGUUGCUCGUGGUCAAAAACACCACAGGAGACCUUUAAGAAGUUGUCGCAAUCUUAACCAACACUUUUGACUUCUGGGGAACAUCUUCGUCCUCUUACAAAGCUCUGAUUAGGGGCUUUUCCCUCAGUUGAAGGCAGCUCUAGUGAAAUUCCAUUUACCUCAACUAUAUCGGUGAGAUAAACAUCUCAAAACCAAGACAAAUCAACCAAAACUAUCUCUCUAUUUACGCCUAGAUACCACUAAAGGUCAGAGGGGAAUUAUUAGUUUUCAAUUCGGGUGAAGCGACCCUUUAUUGUAAAUAUUACACUGACUGUGCUGCGACUAGCGACAGAAGAAUACAAGAGUAUAUCCGUUUUGGUAUUUGCUGACAGGAGAGCAUCGGUCCAAGCAGAGACACUUCCUGUUAAACCAGCACAUCCCUUGUUGAGUAAAGUACUGAAACAGGGUGCCAAAAUAGCUUUAAAUGUUAAAGAACUGAAACACACACACACACACACACACACACACACACGUACACAGAUGCAUGCAACACAGUCAACAAAAUCUAAUCUACCCGUGGGCUGCUUCCAGUUGUGUGCAAGACAGAGGUGGUGAAUAGCAUGAACUGCUGUGACAUCAAGCUGCUAAUCACACUCUUGUCCUGGCAGCGCAAGUAGACGUGAUGCAGCACUCAAGGCAUCAAACUGUGUUGAAACCGUCCUAUUUAUGUCACUGGAUAUGGUUGCUUUGUAGAAAAUCUCAAUGCCAUUACGCUGUGACUGUGUCUUUCAUCCCUUCUUCUCUCUUUACUUUCAUCUACCUCUCUCUCUCUCUCUGUCUCAGUUUUGCACUGUGUCAAUGGAGGGCAUGUGUACUCAAUUAUGUGCAUUUGGUGUUUCAUUAAAAAAAAAGAAAAGCAAAAAAAAAGAGUUUGUCUGUGGUCACCUGUAACUGCGACUGAAACGUCCCAGGAUUUUCACUCAUUUUAAAAGAACCUUCAACGUUGCUGUUCUUAAAGAACUUCAGCUAAUAGGGAUGUAAAAAAGUGGCGGGAGGCUUGGAAUAGACAGAUAAAAGGCUUCUGCACAGUCUCCUCAAAUCCUUUGUCCAAUCUUCUCUUGCUCCCCUCAGGCGUGAUUAAAUCUUAAAGGGAUCUGAAUUUGGUUAUGAGAAGCUCUCAUUCCUUUAUUGAACAAGUUAACAGAGAAGUUGAAGAAGAGAGUUACCCAAAGACUACCCCUCAGAUUGUUGAAAUGGACAAUGCUCCACAGCGAAUUUGAUUAGUGUCUGCAGAACAAGUCGGGCAUUUUAAUUUUACUCGUUCGCCAUGUGGAGAAAAUAGCUAAUAGAUUUCAGAGAGUGGAUCCACUUUGUUGAAGCCUUGGGUGAAGUUCAGGCUUAUAUUCAGGCAAUCGUUUGGCUACUAUAUUAUUAAGUUUCAGGAAAGGGUUUUCUCACAGACAUACCCUGUGGAUUUCACUUCAAAACAAAGUUCUAUUAACGUUCAAUGUUUCUCACCAAAAGAUGCUGUCUGUUUCCUAGAGGCUUCAUAAAACAAUUACAGCUCUGCUUGCUCGCUUGCCGUCCUCUGCUUUUCUCACAGGCCAAAAUAUGAACCCUGAAACAUCAUGAUCAAUAUACAGACGGGUGACAAAUUAAAGGAAAGCCUGAAUAAACGAGGGGACAAACAAAACAAAUGAAGACACUAAUAUAGAGCUGCGCUGCAUGAUACAAUUUUCAAGUGUAAAAAGCCUGAGCAGGCCCACUUAAACCU